CGCUGCGCGCGGCCCCGGGUUCCGCCACGCCCGCCAUGGCGGCGGCCCCGGCCGGCCCUGGCACCGCCUCCGGGUGACGUGCCGCGGGUCACCUGACCCGGCUGCGGGCUGAGGAGACACAAGGGAAGUCGCUGUCGCCAGAGUCGGAGCCUUCGCUGUAGCCCGGAACCUCCGGGACCCUCCGCGCCGCCAGCCAGUCCCCGCGCCAUGCCGUCGGAGAAGACCUUCAAGCAGCGCCGCACCUUCGAACAAAGAGUAGAAGAUGUCCGACUCAUCCGAGAGCAGCAUCCUACCAAAAUCCCGGUGAUAAUAGAGCGAUACAAGGGUGAGAAGCAGCUUCCUGUCCUGGACAAAACCAAGUUUCUCGUACCUGAUCACGUCAACAUGAGUGAACUCAUCAAGAUAAUUAGAAGGCGCUUACAGCUCAGCGCUAACCAAGCCUUCUUCCUGCUGGUGAACGGACACAGCAUGGUGAGCGUCUCCACGCCCAUCUCGGAGGUGUAUGAGAGCGAGAAGGACGAGGACGGGUUCCUGUACAUGGUUUACGCCUCCCAGGAGACGUUCGGAAUGAAAGUGGCAGUGUAAGACCAGAAAAAUGCACCCAUUCUAGAACUUUUUAAACCCUUACCAAGGAAAAAAAAGGGAUGUUACCAACUGAGAUUGAUCAGUUCAUCUAAUCACAGAUCAUCAAAACAGUAGUGUUCGCACCUCCUAGGGUUUUAGGAAGUUGUUUUUGUAUUUCAGACAGAAAAACUGAGCUCCACAUGGGCACAUUCAGCUUUGGAAAACUAUAUCACUUAAGCUAGGCUAUCUUGUUUUCAAAUCUUAGAAGUUUAAAAAUAAAAUACUUUGCAUUCUAAGUUGCCAACACAUAGACCUUCACGUUAUUUUAAUGCUCCUUUUUCCCCAAUAGGAACUUGCAAUUUGAGCAAUAAUUUAAAGACGUUCAGAGAGACACUGAGUCUUCUCCUUAGUUCCCAGAACCUGCCACCUUUUUAUAGAAGGGUUUCUACUCAAUUGGAGAAAUCUUCCUCAGGGUAUCUUUAGGCAAAAGUUAGUCAAGCACGAUCCCCCGAAACACAGUAGCUGUCAUCGCUGGCACAAAAGCAGGGUGGACAGGGUGAGUAGGGAAACAACUCUGAACUGCUGCUCGAGGUUCCUGACUCUCAGCAGUUUACCCCAAGUCCACGCUCUCUGGACAGUUACGGAAAAACACCACCACUCAGUAGGAACCUGGAAUAAUUUAUAAUUUUCGUCUAGUUUCUUAAGAGGCCCCAGAGAGAAAGAGUGGUAUUUCUUCUUUUGGAUUUUCUCUAAGAGCUCAAAUGAGUGCCUGCGUUGGUAGAUGAACAAGCUGCUGCAGCACCAUCAUUCCCAGGACAGUGGCAGGAAGUUUUCCCACGGAGCCGGAAAAUUAAAAGCAUUAAAAUUCA